GUGAAAGAUACUGGUCUUAUCUCUCUCUCGGUGAAUUCAAAACAUAUGAUUCUAAAAACAAUGAGCUAUAGUAUGAUUAAAUAGAAAAGUAGAUCGACUUUUUUUCGUACCUUUGAACUUCUUGGAUGCAUAAAAAGAUAUUAACAUGGGAAAUCUAGAAAGAAUGUCGUUAUAAUUCACGGAUCAAGAAUGGAUAAAGUUAAACUUUCGAAUUUUGAAGCAGGAGUAUCGGGUCCUUCGGCUUCUUGCAUGGAUAAAUCCUCAGAAAAAUUAGAAGGGGCAUCGAAUCCUUCAUCUUCUGGCAUGGUUAAAUCUUCAGAAAAUUUUGAAGGGCCUUUAAAAGCACCCAGUGCCCCUCCAUGUGAAUCUCCUCCCCAGCUGAAAACAGUAUCAAUAAAUCUACCUCCGCUCACUGGUAAAGAAUUGAGAGACGCUUGCUACGCUCAUGCAAAGGGGAACAUUUGCUACGGAUCCAGAUGCAUCCGAGAUAUGGUUUUAACAGAUAUCCAGCACGAUUGUGUGUUUGAAUACACCUUGGAAUCGUUAUGUGAGAAGAGAGAAUAUAAAGAAUCAUCAACUCCUUAUUUUGGUCAAGUCAUUGAUGGUCCUGAAAAUGGCCCAGUUCUGGAUCCGUGGGAUGUUCCAGUAAACCGUCCAAAUGAAAUCGUCGAAAAGCAAGUAACCACAAAUAUUCCUCACUCUUCUUAUGUCAAACAAUGUGGUACUUGUAAUGGACAUAUGAAGAUGUAUUGCACGAUAUGUAAUGGCAGCGGUAAGGUGGUAUGCAAAAGCUGUGGUGGGAGUAGUAACACUUGUGUAACUUGCACUGGCAGAGGCAUAGAAAUGUGUAUGAUAUGUACUGGGACUGGUAAAACUGAAUGCUAUAUGUGCAAAGGUCACGGCAAAAUGGUUCAUUCUAAGGCCUUAGUUAUUUCAUGGAGUCCUGUCUAUGAAAAUAUCAUUUCAAAUCCAGGGAAAUUACCGAAAGAAUUGAUUCCUAAAAUCAAAGCUAAAGAAAUUUUAAAAGAACAAGGAAAAGUGAUUCAACCAGUCAAUGUGGUACCACCAAAGGAAAUAAACAAAGCGUCAACACUCUUAAUUAAAAGACAUUUAGCGUUCAGGACUCAACUGGUUGUAUUUCAGCGUCACACUCUGCAAGUGAUUCCCUUCACGAAAGCAAAGUAUACCUGGAGAGACGAGGAAAGCGAAUUCUUUGUUUACGGUUUCGAAAGAAAGGUUUAUUUCGAGAGCUAUCCGGAUGCCUGCUGUUGGUGUUUCUGCUGCUAGCGGUUUCAAAAAUAAUUUCAAAAUGUAAAAAAAAAGAAGUUCGUUCUUAAAUCUAGAAUGGAUGCAAUAAAUUGCUUUUAUUCAUGA